AUGAUUGAACACCCAAUCGACGGCGACAAGGUCCUGCCCGGUAAGCUCAGGAGAGAUAUUUUGGCUACGACAGCUGGAGUCAUCCUAGGGGCCGUCCACAAAGCUGGCGGUUCGCGCUCCCUCCGCGCCGUCAUGGAGCGCCUGAGGCUCUUCAGGCACCCUCUCCUCACUAACGAACAGUUUGAUAAUAAGGAAUUUGUCGAUAACGAGGAGCGGUUGAUAGAAAUGGUCGAGGAAAAAGGGCUGGGUUUGUGA